AUGCCGCAGCCGGCCAGGGACGCCAAGGAGGACAGCGCCGACUACUGGCUCGCGCAGGCGAACAAGGCCGUGCCCGGUUGUGACGCAAAAAAGACGGAGGCGCAGCUCCUCGAGACGAAUCUGGAAAAGGUGCGCGAGGACGCGAAGAAGCUCGAGGAGACGCGCUGGCUCUUCGAGGAGCGGCCCGCGGACCCUUUGUCGGUUGAGGCCUCGGUAGGACUCUGAGAGGAUGCCUAAAAAACGUUUCGAGCAGCGGCUCGAGGACUACCGGAACGGCAAAGGCCGCAAAAAGUCUCCACAACGAAGGUUACGGGCUCUCGGCAUCAUUGCCGGCCUAGCCUUCGUCGUCUAUUGCUGCGCGGCGUCUCUGGUAAAUCAAGAGGAGGUCUACGCGGCUCCCUCGAAGCCCUACGCCCCGAAGGCGGACACGCGCGAGAAGCGCCAGGCUGACGGUGUGAGACCGUUCCGGGAAGGCGCGUCGUGGGGAGGCCAAUGGCGCGCGUCCUCGGAGCCCGGCGGCAUUUAUAUGGAAGGGAAGCCGCUAGUCGCGCGGCGGCGGCCCGCCUACCUUGCAGGUGAGGCACAUGCGAGACGGUUAGGUUAUCACGUCACGACCGAUUCGAUUUCUGUAGAUCCCAUCCGCGGGAACUGCUCGUCGUUUGGCCUCGAACCACCAAAGAACUACCCUAGAGACUACUUACUGACAGACAUUGUACAGAACUGGCCGCCCGACUCUAUUCUAGUUCCUCCUAGACACUUUAUGAGCUUGUGUCGCUUCGACUAUCGCGACCCCGUCCAGAUAAAGCAAGCUCAAGCUUUUAGAAAGGCCGAGGUCCCGUUUAUUGUUGAAAAUAAUGCAAUUCUAGACAAGGUCGCAAAAGAUUGGUCGACGCCCGGCUUCCUCGAAAGAAGGCUAGGUACGAAGAAGUACAAGGCCGAAAAGUCCGAUGAUAACCACUUCAUGUACUAUGGUGGCUCACGAGGUCAUUUGCGGGGCUGGCGGCCGCCGACGAACGACGUGCGGAUGACGUACAACGAGUGGUUAAGUCGUGCCCUGAUAGCGAGAAAUACCUCGAUACUCGAGGAGCACUACUACUUCCGCGUGUCUCCGCCCGACACUACGGUAAGAGAUAUACCGGUAUUUGCGAAGGAGGACCCGGUGUUUAUGCCUUAUCCUAGAUUAUCCAAGGGCGUCCACUGUAGAUUUGGCUACGCGGGCAUCAUCGCCGAGGCGCACUUCGAUGGGAGUCGUAAUAUUGUGGUCGAGCUGGGUGGGCCUCCAUCGUCCACAGGUCACGCUAAUAGUGGACGACGUCGGUAUGUCAUGGCGAAGCCCUCGGAAUGCGCCAAUACAUACUUGUUGCCGAAGGGCCACCCUUCUGGGCGACACUCGGCCAUCGACUGGUCAAGGCCGGUAGAUUUGACCAAGUUCCCUCGCUGGUCACAGAUGAGGGGCUUCGAGGUGAUCCUCGAACCGGGCGACGCGCUCUACAUCCCGUCGUUCUGGCUCCACUACAUUGUUAGUUUGGGCACGAACUUCCAGUGCAACGCGCGGAGCGGCCACUCGGAGGUGAGUCACGAGGACGUGAAGGGAUGUGGCUUCUAG